CUGGCUCUCCAGCACAUGGUGUAGGAACCUUCCGUACCGUCAUUGAAAGAUGCGAAAGUUACUCCACGGCUACUGCAAGGGCUGGCAAUGUUGACCUCUUCGGAUAACGGGCCCCCCAAGGAUUUGGUAUCACCCAUGGAUCUAGUCACCAGGCUGCUUGUGAUGACGUCAGAUACUCUCCAUAGCGUGCGGACAGGCAGUUUGGCAUCGCUCAUCCUCUCUCUCAUCGGGUCCCUUUUCUCCGCAAUUUCGUCUGCCCUGGCAAUCUUCUUUCCACACUCUCCGCUCCUCGCCUACUCCAACAUCUUCUGGCCGCUACUUGCAAGCACAUUUGCAUUUGUCGCCGCUGCUAUGCUAAGCGUCCUGGUAGUGGGCGUAUUUGCAGCAGUCAACGGUGCCGUGCAUGUGGCCGGUGUAAAGAUUGGACAGGGAGGAUCGGUGCUGCUUCUCGCAUGGCUGGCAUGGGUCCUGGUAUUGCUGGCUUUAGUGUACUGGGGCCUGGUGUGGUUUGUCGAAGUGAGGAGAUGGAGCUUCACCAAGAGGAGGAGAAGCGAAGACGAGGUGGGGAACUGGAAAGGAAUAGGGACCGAGGUGUGGAAGGAUCUCAGGAAGGAUAAAACAGCACUGUAUGUCCACUCGAUACAUGCAUAGCUUCA